UAUUAUGGUAUCACAUUGCUAAAAAUUUCAAAAAUAAUUGCUACAUGGGUAUAGAAAUAAGCAUAGAUGAUUUCUUAAGAAUUUAAGAAUGUGGGGGCGCCUGGGUGGCUCAGUUGGUUAAGCGACUGCCUUCGGCUCAGGUCAUGAUCCUGGAGUCCCGGGAUCGAGUCCCACAUCGGGCUCCCUGCUCAGCAGGGAGUCUGCUUCCCCCUCUGACCCUCCCCCUUCUCAUGCUCUCUCUCUCUAUCUCAUUCUCUCUCUCAAAUAAAUAAAUAAAAUCUUUAAAAAAAAAAAUCUUAAAAAAAAAAAAAAAGAAUUUAAGAGUGUGGUCUCUGGAUUAAUGAAAACAAUACCAGUGGGGUCCCUGGCUCAGAAGAGUCGGGAGAAAAUAUCGACAUUAAGAAUGCUUUGCCCUGAAACCAAGAUUGGGAAAUGACAUAGGAUAUCUGCUGUCACUACUUUUUUCUAUGUCUGCUCUCUGUCUGUUUUCAAUGCCUGGCUUCCCUAGGGUGUGCGGCCAAAGACAUGGUGCUGAGCUCCUGGAAUAGGCCUAAUUGUCUCAGUACUGGGACCAGUAAUCAUUGUUCCUUUGAGUGUAUUAGGGAGUACUGGGAUAAUAAUAUCCUUUUUUUCUUUUUACGUAUGCAUGUAUAUUUAUGCAAGUAAUAUUAUAUAUUUCUUCAGAUGUUUUUAAACUUUAUAUAUGUUUUGUUUGCUAUUUCAUGCAUCUAUCUGCAACCUGCUUUUUCCUUUAACAUUGCUUUGUGCUUUAGCCCUCUUAAUACCUGUAGCCCUCAUUCAUUUGUUUUCACUUUUGAUGUUAUGUUACUUAAAUACCACGCAAUUUUAAAAUCCAUUUUUCUAUUAGCAGAUUCCAAUUUUUUGUAACUACGAACAAGGCUGAGAUGAACAGUUUAUAUAUAUCUUCUCAUGCACAUGUGUGAGUUCUAGGACUGCAUCGUCUACUGCAGUAGUUACUAUCACAUGUGGCUAUUUAAAUUUCAUUUUAAAUUAAAUGAAAUUAAGAAUUCCGUUCCUCGCUCAGUAGAUCACAUGUGGCCACUGAUUACCAUAUUGAAAAGCAUAGAUACAGAAUAUUUCCAUCAAUGCAGAAAAUUUUAUUAGAAAGCACUGAUCUAGGGGCAGGUAGGAAUGAAAAUGCUGGGCUGAAAGAUAUGUAACUAUUUGCUGGAAAUUGCCAAAUUCAUUUCCAAAGAGGUUACACCAUUGGGUGAUUGUAUCAUCAAUGGUAUAUGUGCAUUCCUGUUGAUCUACAUCCUUGUCAACACUUGAUAUUGUCAGACUUUUAAAGUCUUUCCAAUUAUGUGGAGUUAAAGUCAUUAGAUAUCCUUCCUCAUGUUUUAUUACAGACGAGUAUGUGUGUGUGUGUGUAUAUAUAUAUAAUCUCCCUAUUCUACUCCCUUUUCCUUUUUAAAAAGGAAACAAAAAAUUGUUACGCUAUUUUCCCCCUUAAACAUAUAUGUUGGAGAAUUUUCCAUAACACUACAUAUGCAGGGUGCUCACACAUGCAAGUUAGAAAUUACAUAUGUGUUCUUCAUCCUUGAUAUAUUUUUUCCUUUUUUAAUUGUGUAAAAUAAAUAUACCCUAAAAUUUGCCAUUUUAACCAUUUUUGAAUAUACAAUUCAGUGACACUAAUUAUAUUCACAAUAUUGUACAAUCAUCACCACUAUCUAUUCCUGAAACCUUUUCAUCAGAAACUCUAUACCCAAGCAUUUUCCAGGAUGGGAACCACUCCGCCUGGGAGCCUCGUUGCUAUGAGCGAGGCGCAGACCUUUCAACAGGAGCUUUAUUAAUUCUCACGCUAUGACCCAGGAAGGCUAUGGAGUGGCUGCUAAUUGCUCUCUGCGUGUGAAGAGACCUAUGUUGGAUCCCCGUUUCGAGGGUUACAAGCUCUCCCUCAAGCCGCUGCCCUGCUACCAGCUGGAGCUUGAUGCAGCCGUGGCAGAAGUAAAACUUCGAGAUGAUCAAUAUACACUGGAACACAUGCAUGCUUUUGGAAUGUAUAAUUACUUACACUGUGAUUCAUGGUAUCAAGACAGUGUCUACUACAUUGAUAACCUUGGAAGAGUUAUGAAUUUAACAGUGAUGCUGGACACUGCUUUAGGAAAACCACGAGAAGUGUUUCAACUUCCCACAGAUUUGACAGCAUACGACAGUCGUCUUUGUGCAUCUAUCCAUUUCACAUCUUCUACCUGGGUUACCUUGUCAGAUGGAACUGGACGAUUAUAUCUCAUUGGUACAGGUGAACAUGGAAAUAGUGCUUCUGGAAAAUGGGAGAUUAUGUUUAAUGAAGAGCUUGGCAAUCCUUUUAUCAUAAUUCACAGUGUCUCACUGCUGAAUGCUGAAGAACAUUCAGUAACUAUCUUACUUCUUCGAAUAGAGAAAGAGGAAUUGGAUAUGAAAGGAAGUGGAUUCUAUGUUUCUUUGGAGUGGGUCACUAUCAGAAAAAACAAAGAUAAUAACAAAUACAAAAUUAUUAAACGUGAUAUUCUCCGUGGAAAGUCAGUACCACAUUAUGCUGCUAUUGAGCCUGAUGGGAAGGGUCUGAUGAUUGUCUCCUACAGGUCCUUCACAUUUGUUCAUGUUGGUCAAGAUCUUGAAGAAAAUAAGAAUGAGAACAUGUCAGAGAAAAUCGAAGAACCUCUGUAUUACUGGCAACAGACUGAAGAUGAUUUGACAGUAACAAUACGGCUUCCAGAAGGCAGUUCUAAGGAGGACAUUCAAGUACAGUUUUUGCCUGAUCACAUCAACAUUGUGCUGAAGGCUCAGAGGUUUCUGGAAGGAAAUCUCUAUUCAUCUAUGGAUCAAGAAAGCAGUACAUGGGUAAUUAAAGAGAAUAAUUGCUUGGAGAUUUUCUUGAUUAAAAAGAAUGAAGGACUAACGUGGCCAGAGCUAGUGGUCAGUGAUGAGCAAGGAGAGUUUAUAAGAGACUCAGCCCAGUGUGCUGCAAUAGCUAAAUGUUUAAUGCAUUUGACCUCUGAAGAACUGAAUCCAAAUCCAGAUAAAGAAAAACCUCCUUAUAAUGCUCAAGAGUUAGAAGAAUGUGACAUUUUCUUUGAAGAGAGCUCCAGUUUAUGCAGAUUUGAUGGCAGUACAUUAAAAACUACUCAUGUGGUGAAUCUUGGAAGCAACCAGUACCUUUUCUCUGUCAUAGUGGAUCCUAAAGAAAUGCCCUGCUUCUGUUUGCGCCAUGAUGUUGAUGCCCUACUCUGGCAACCACACUCCAGCAAACAAGAUGAUAUGUGGGAACAUAUUGCAACUUUCAAUGCUUUAGGCUACGUCCAAGCAUCCAAGAGAGACAAAAAAUUUUUUGCCUGGGCUCCCAAUUACUCCUAUGCAGCCCUAUGCGAAUGCCUUCGUCGAGUAUUCAUCUACCGUCAGCCUACUCCCAUGUCCACUGUACUUUACAACAGAAAGGAAGGCAGGCAAAUAGGACAGGUUGCUAAGCAGCAGGUAGCAAGCCUAGAAACCAAUGAUCCUAUUUUAGGCUUUCAAGCAACAAAUGAGAGAUUAUUUGUUCUCACUACCAAAAACCUCUUUUUAAUAAAAGUAAAUACAGAGAAUUGAUUACCCCAACAUGUUGGCUUUUCUGUAGUGGAAAAGUAUUCGGUGAUAGCCAGAAGGUUGGUAGUUAUACUGUAACCUGUUAAGUUUUACUAUGUUAAAUAAAAUGAUCUUGUAUGAAUUUUUUAUUUUUUAAAGGAUAUUGGAAAUAUAUUCAAGAGAUUAUGAUUCUGUAAAAGUUAUGGAAUGAAGCUGAAAAUUUAGAGGAAGUUGGCUUCUAUUAAAAAAAUGUAGAAGUAUUAGUAAGUAUAAUUAUUUUUAAAAAACAGGCUGGAAUUUCAUCUUUGUUAUGAAAGAUGUACAAUUCGGUGUUUAAAAAUAAAAAUGUUUAUCAUGAAAAAAAAAAAAAAAAAAAGAAACUCUAUACCCAAAGCAAUAACUCCCAUUUUCCCGGAGCCCUUACCACUAUCAACCACUAUUCUACUUUUUUUUUGCUGAGAUGUAAUUGACAUACAUUUAUUAGUUUUGGGUAUUCAACAUAAACAUUCAAUAUUUGUAUAUAUUGUGAAAUGAUCGAUCACCACAAAAAGUCUAGUUAAUAUCCAUUAGCCCACAUAAUUUUACUAUCCUUGUGAUGAGAACUUUUGAGAUCUAUUCUCUUAGCAAUUUUCAAAUAUACAGUACAAUAUUUUAACUAUAGUCACCAUGCUGUGUACAUUACAUUUCCAUGACUUACUUAUUUUGUAACUGGAAGUUUGUACCUUUUGACCUCCUUCACCCAAUGUCACCCCAUCCCCCACUCCCACCUCUGGCAACCACCAAUCUGUUCUCUGUAUGAGGUUUUUUUUUUUUUUUUUAAGAUUCUACAUAUAAGCGAGGUCAUAUAGUAUUUGUCUUUCUGUCUGACUUCACUAG